AUGAUAUCUCUACUGCGGCGCAAUCGCAAGAAGUCAAAGAACAGCAACAACAACAGACGCGCCCUCAGCCGCAGCGUCCCAAGCGACCACGAUACCAGCGAGAGCGACAACCAGCAGCAGCAGCGUCCGGAGAAUUUCUCCUCCGAGUUGCUCAACAGCGAAAACUCGUUGGACAGUCUGGUGUUCGCCGCUUCGUUGGGCCUCGUAUCUCGCAACAAUCAAGUCUCACCCAAGGAUCUCAUGAUGAUCGUCCAGGACCAGCUGCAGCCCAAGGAGCAAGAUCAGCAGUCCCCAACGACGACACAUAUCAAUAACAAUAACAACAACAACAACAACAAGAAGUUGGUCAAGCACAACCACUUGAAGCAGCAAACGGAAUUUUAUUGCAAAUUUUGCGGCAAGGGGUACAGGUGGAAGAGCACCAUGAGGAGACACGAAUCACUGGAAUGUGGUAAUAAGCCGCCCUCCUUUCAGUGCCCGUACUGUGAGUACAAGGCGAGACAAAGGGGUAAUCUCACGGUUCACUUGAAGAGACAUCAUUACAAGCACGAGACCAGCGACGAUUAAUUUUUCUACUUGCCAUUUUUUUUUUUUUUUUUUUUA